AUGGCUUACCCUGGUCGAGGAGUGUACGGUAGACGACGUUUACCACCACCACCAACAAGGCCAGAUGUGCUUCCUCCACCUCCAAUUGGAUAUCCGCUUGGACUUGGUGCACUUGGUGGUGCCCUAGGAGCGAUUAGUGGUACUUUUGCUUGUCUUCUCUGUUUAUCAGCUAUUGCUGCAUUGGGUUUAUUUGCAUGUGUUGUAGCUAUUACAGCAUAUACUAGAAACUUCCUUUAUCAAUACAAGGAAGCAGAAGAACUUGAUGGUGCGCCGGAACAAGUUGAAAUUGGUUUUAUUCUUGUAUUAGUUUCACUUUCUUAUAUAAUCAUCUGUCGUAUGCAUUGA